GACGACACAGUAUACGUCGCGUUUGCGUCAUCAUAUCGUGAACAGCGCUCAAACGGGGAGGACGUGGGAUGAGAGUGUGCAGUGCUUAAUUAGAAACAUUGUUUUAUUAUUUUUUCAAAUGUUUCUAAUAUCGGAAUUAUAAAGUACAAAGUUUAGGAUAGGUUCCUCUCGGGGUCGCCGCCAUCAUGGCGUCGGACGAACAAUUUUCACUAUGUUGGAACAAUUUCCACGCGAAUAUGUCAGCAGGCUUUCACGGCCUGCUGUCGCGUGGAGAUUUAGUAGACGUAACGCUGGCUGCCGAAGGCAGAUUAUUACAGGCACACAAAUUAGUUUUAUCAGUAUGUUCUCCCUAUUUUCAAGAAAUGUUCAAAAUGAACCCAACUCAACAUCCCAUAGUAUUUUUAAAAGAUGUUAGUCAUUCAGCGUUAAGAGACUUAUUACAGUUUAUGUACCAAGGUGAAGUUAAUGUUAAGCAAGAAGAAUUAGCAUCGUUUAUUAGUACCGCGGAACAGCUUCAAGUUAAAGGUCUAACCGGAAAUCAAAAUGAAGAAAGUUCCACGCCAUCCAAACCAAAGCCGACCUCCAGGCCAGGCCCGAGGUCGUCACAACAAAGGCAAUCUGUUAUGACUAAGUUAGAGACUGAUUUAGAUUCUAAGCCCUCCUCCACUCCAGUAGCGGUUAAGCGACCAAAUAGGCCAUCAAUAGCAUCAAAUAAUUCGUCAUCUUCACAAAGUGGACCUGCGAAACGAAAAUGUGUGGACCCAUUAGAAGCCGGACCUUCAGGAUCAGCGAAAGAGGAAUUUGUUACGAUACCUGAUGAGGACGAAAACAACGCUGUGGCACCCAAAAUGGAACCCGAAUUUGUUAACGAAAGUAUGUGGGAUGAUGACGAUGACGGCGCUAACAAUGAGGAAACGAACUUUGGCGAAGAUGACUCUAAUAUGGAAAUGACAGGCUUUGAUGGUUCAACAACAGGCGAUGGCAAUAUAACUGGAGGCGGCGAAGGUGGAGCUGUAGGAGAUGCACAAGCGCGCUUCAUCCGCGCCGGCAAGGGACGUCUGCUCCUCCACCGCGGCUACACUUUCCGUUUGAAGAAUAACUUGGCCCAUGGAAGAAAGCAAUGGUAUUGUUCUUCGCGGCUGACGUCUCGCUGUCUGGCCGACGUGAACACCGAAGGGCCGGAAGGUCACGAGCGCAUCGUGCGCUCUCGUUACGCGCACAACCACGCGCCACCCAACGUGCGGCGCUUCGCGGACGGGCGCUACGUGGUGCGCACGCCGCACCAGUCGGGGCACCGCGCGCCCGCGCCGCUGGACCCGCACCACCAGCUGCUGCAGCUGCAGCACGCGCUGGCGCUGUACGCCGCCACCGCGCACGCCACCGCCACCGCCAACGCCUCCGCCGCCGUCAGCGCCGCGCCCGGCGGCCCGCCCGCGCAGGCCUCGCCCAACGCGCUGCCGCCGCCGCCGCAGCACACCAACGCUGCCAAGCCGCUUCUCGUCGACACCCCCUGCAAUGAGGAGGACUAGACGAUGCAACGCGCCUCACAUAACGAACAUCGAUCGAUUUUAAUGCGAGUUCACGAUUUAGUUAAUAAGCGAUUUUGACAAUGAUGAUCGAUUACUCGAUAUUUUCUAACCGCCUUUUGGCGAAUGUAGCAUAAUGGAUGUAGAUUUAAAUAUGAUUAGGUAAGUUAUGAGGGGAUAAGGUGUCGUUUACUUAGGAUUCAGCGAAGGCUAUUGUUGGUUAUUCAGUAUCGGUAAUGUGAAUGUAUGUCAGCAUUUAAGUAGGUGUUGUGGUGUAUUGGGUGUUACGACGACCAGUGACGGAAACACAGGAGACGACCAGUAUAAUACGAGUGAACACGUCGUGUCGUAAUAGGUUAGGCGGUCUCGUCGAGAUCUAUAAAGUUAUCCGUAUAGGUGUGGGCUAUUUAUCGAAUCGAAUAGGGCUAGUAAGCAUGUUAUAUAUAUAUGUAAGAACUUCUGAAUGUAUAACGGUGUCAGCUCGUAUUGAUGUCAGGUUUAGGCAGGUGGUUAUUAUCCGGAACACGGCCGCUUUUAGCGUUUGAUUUAAUGUUUACGACCCGUGCAGUAUGCAGUAUCAUCCAGUAGCGCUAGGCGGACAUAGGCUACUCUCCGCUGGUACGUCAGGCAGGGCAGGUUGGCGAUGCGAACGCAGCCGAGUCAGCUGUCGACACGAGUGCAAGGUAAGGUCGGCGCGCGCGCUCCGCGCCGUCGACGACGCGUCGGUGACUGAUUUAGAGAAAACUCGUUCGAAAUUAAGCAAUAUGACGUCCCCUGGACUGUACUUAGAAUUACUUAAUUUAUUUUGAGAAUUAUAAAAUUUACACUUUUCAGAUACUUAUUGCUACUUAGACAUUUAGAUGUCCGCCUCUUUAAUCUAUAAAAAUAUACAGUAGAUAAUGGAAAGGCAUUUGUCUUAACGCAACCAGCGUUUUGCUCUUUAGGAUUGAUUUAAAAAGUACUUAAGCUCAAUCAUCUACCUCUUCACUUUUAUACGGGUUUUACAUAUUAGUUUAAAUUUUAAAUUAUACAAUUUUAUACAAGAAUGAAUACUCAGAAGCUUUACUCGAGUAAGGUGUCGUAGCGUAAGGAUUAGGUUAGCGUUAGGUUAGGAACUGGCGCGCCGGGGCGGCUCGCCGCGCAGGGUCCGGUGCGCCUCACUACCUCUAGUUAUUAUCGAAACUCAACUACCUCUUUACUUAGUUUACACGAUCGUUCGCUGUUAACGACUUUAAAUUAAUUACAAUUUAAUGGGCUCUUUUUGAGACUUGUCUGAAUAUAUUUUAUGAAUUGUUUUGUAACUUUGUUGCUCGUCGAAAGAUAACUAAUUCAAAAACAAAGAAGGAUAGGAUCGAGAAUCCGCUUUGUAUGUAUGACUCUGAUUUAAGUACAAAUUUUUACUAAUUUUAAUUGUUAUUUAGAUGACUUAGUUCUACGGGGCUCUAAUUUGUGUGGAUUUACUUAAUAUUGACAACUUUUAAUAAGUGUUAUUAUAGACCGUGUCAAAUUUUGAACAUUGAUGAAGUAAUCGAGUGGUUGUCUGAUGAGGAAUGUGUUCAGAUGGGACGGUUCCAGCUGGUAUAUCUGUGUGUUGCGGUCAGUCGAAUGGUGCUGGGAGCGCCCCAUGUGAACCUCGUCGUCAGUACUUGUGUGUUGAUCGUUUGGCACGCUCUAUCGUACCUGAUUACUGUCACUAAGCCAAAUAAUAUGGGCGAUAUACGUUAUUAUGAAACCGUGGCGAUAGUUAGUAUGUAAUUGUAAUUAUAAAUGUAUUAAUUGUAAGUUUAAUAUGUAUAAUAUAUUUUAGAGCAAUGACAAUAUACGUCAAUUAUAUAAGAUACGAUUUAUGAGUUGAUAUGUAUAAUGGCUAUCGUGAGGAGGUUUCCAUCUUUUGCUGUAAAUAUUGUUUAUUAUAAUCACGCAAUAUUUACCUCGCAUUUAUUAUCGCUCCUUAACUAUUUGCAAUUUUUUCGAUUUUGGAUGUUUGUAUGUUUCGAGGAUGGAGUCACGUGCUGUUUCUAUGUUUGCUCAUGUUGUUAAUAUUAUGAAUCUCGUAGGUAGUGCAUGAUAACCGUGUGUUGAUUGUUGACCCUACCGCCACGGCUUCGUCUUAUACCGCACAUCGAACACUCUGCUCCUAUUUUAAUCAACUAUCUACCUCAAAAACUCUAAAAAGUUAACUACUCAUAUACAAGUCUUAUAUAAUUAAUAGUGUAAUUUUAUACUUAUACCAUUUUAUCAUAGGAUUUUUAGUUCAUGUACGGGGUAUGUUUUUGUGAAAUCAUAUUAAAUUGUACUUACAAAUAA